UUCAGUUAUUUAUAAAGUUUCAAUCUCAAUUAAUCAUGUUAUUAAAGUUUUUGUGCAUUUUUGUACUUUUUGGCAUAUCCAAUGCUCAAAAUAGUACAUUAACAUGUACAUACAUAGAAGAGUGGGGAGAAGGAUCAUGGUGGGUCCGUGAAAAGCAAUACUUUUGCAUGCUUGACAUAGAUAAUAUUGCAGGCAGAGAUGACUUUACAUCCAUAUCAGGUGAUCAUCUACAAAGUUUUAAUGACAGUACAGUAACAGUCGUUUAUGGAUCAGAAGCUCGAGAAGGAACAGCCGUGAAUGUUCCAUCAAGGAUUUGUGAACAAUUUGUGAAUUUGAGUAAUUUAUACUUGGAUGGAUUACAUGUAAAGUCAAUUGGCGAUAAGGAAUUCAGCAAGUGCCUUAAUAUUGAGACUUUGUAUUUGGGACACAAUGAGAUAUCUGUGGUGUCUGUGGAUGCAUUUAAAGUUAAUUCUAAGUUGAAGUUGCUUGACUUGGGAAGUAAUGAGAUAACUGUGCUGCAUGGAGAUACUUUCAAGAGUCUACAGAACCUGGAAAGCCUUUAUUUGGAUCACAAUCCAUUUACACAAAUUGAUGCUCAAACCUUCUUGCCAUUAACAAAACUUCAUAACUUAUGGCUCAAUUCUUGUGGAUUAACAGCCCUCAAUCCUUCUUGGUUUAAUGGAAUGGAAGAGCUUCACAUCCUUUUACUCAAUGACAAUCACUUGACUAGAUUACCAUUUGAAGUAUUCAGUUCAUUAAGGAGUUUGCAGGUCCUGAACAUCAAUGACAAUAAAAUUGAAGCUAUAACUUCAAGCUCAUUUUCAGCACGCAUGGAUAGAUUCACAGAAAUCCAUGCAAAUGACAAUAGAAUCAAUUUUAUCGACCCAGAAUUCUUCAGUAUUUCCUCAACCUUACAAGCUGUUGAGUUUGAAAGGAAUUUGUGUAUUAACCAUAAGUUUGAGGACUUCACAGUCAACCGUGAUAACAAUUUGGCUGAAUUCUCUUCCUGCAUCCAGAAUUUCAAUGAUAUCAAUCGUAUUAAUGGACCUGGCACCCUUACAUGCACAUACAUGGAAGGCUGGAUGCGUGAAUAUUUCUGCAUGCUUGAAAUCGACAACAUUCAUGGACGAGAUGACUUUGCAGCCAUUCCUGGUGAGCAUAUUUUUGGAUAUGUUGAUAAUAGAACAGUUGCUGUGUAUGCAUCAGAAGCAAGAACAGGAACAGCUGUGAAUGUGCCAUCAAUUAUCUGUGAGCAAUUUGUAAGCCUGAUUGAUUUAUGGCUAGAUGGGAUGCACGUUAAAUUUAUUAGGGAUAAAGAAUUCAGCAAGUGCCUUAAUCUUCAAACUUUAUACUUGGGAUUUAAUGAAAUAUCGGAAGUGUCAAGGAAUGCAUUUAAGGAGAACAGUAAGCUGACAUUGCUGGAUUUGGGACAUAAUAAAAUCACAUACAUCAAUGGAGAUACCUUCAAGACUCUGCAGAACUUAGAGAAUCUUUACCUUGACAAUAAUUUAUUCACUCAAAUUGAUGGACAUGCUUUUGGAUCUCUGCUGACUCUUCAUACAUUGUGGUUCAGUUCCUGUGGAUUUUCAUCAUUAGAUUCAGCCUGGUUUGAUGGAUUAGAGGAACUUAAAGAGCUUCAUAUUGAUGACAAUCAACUUACUGCUUUACCAUUGGAUAUAUUCAGCUCAUUAAGAAGUCUGCAAGUCCUCAACUUAAAUGACAAUAAAUUAACCACAAUUGCUGCUGAUUCCUUCUCAACCAGAAUGGAUAAAUUCACAGAAAUUCACGCAAAUGACAACAAAAUCAACUUCAUUGAUCCUCAAUUCUUCAACAUAUCAAGAACAUUGGAAGUUGUCGAGUUCGAAAGGAACGAAUGCAUUGAUUUAAAAUUCGAAGAGUUCUCUAAGAAUCGCAAUGACAAUUUAGCUAAAUUUGAGACUUGCUUUAAGAAUUUCGGAGUUGAUGAGGAUGAUGGAGGUGAGGGCGCUAUGAUUAAGCCUUUGGUGUCACUUAUGGUUGGUCUAGGAGUUGUUGUAUUGAGGUUGUUGUGGUAAAAUAAAUGUUUAAACUUGAAAUUAUUGAAUAAAGUGAUUUGGAAGCUCGUUGAGAGCAAAAAGUAUGAA